AUGGAUACUCUGAAUCUGACUACAUUUGAUGACUUUAUCUUAGUAGGACUGACUGAGGAUAAUGUUUUCCAAUCUAUACUGUUUGUUUUAUUUUUAAUCAUUUAUACAUGCUCUUUCUUAAGUAACCUGGGCAUGAUAAUAUUAAUAAGUGCCUACCAUUAUCUUCAAGCACCCAUGUAUUUUUUCCUGAGUCAUUUGUCUCUUAUUGACUUGAGUUAUUCCUCCACAAUUACCCCCAAGAUGCUGUCAGAUUUGAUCUCAGAUAAAAAGUUCAUCUCCUUUGAAGCAUGUGCCAGUCAAAUGUUUCUGUUUGCCAUGUUUGCCACAUCAGAAAGCUUUUUGGUAACUGUCAUGGCAUAUGAUCGUUAUGUUGCCAUAUGUCAACCACUGGUCUACCACAGCACGAUGAAUAAACUUACAUGUUGGGGAUUGGUAUAUGGAGUCUAUUUAGUCAGCUUUUUAGCUUCCAUAACUCAUACAAUUACCAUUUUCAUAUUCCCUUUGUGUGGUUCUAAUAAAAUCAAUCAUUUUUACUGUGAUAUACCUCCACUUUUGAAACUUACAUGUGUUUAUUCUUAUGCUAGGAAGUUGGUUGUCUUUUGCUAUCAUUUGUAA